ACAGAUACUGGGAAGUAUUACUGCAUUUGGAAUUCGUUAUCACUUGGUCCGGCUCUUCUACGAUGUUUAGAUGUCGGCGCAAUUAUAAUUGUGGACACUGUGGACUACGAGGACAGCAGUCAUCCCACAAAGGCCUCUGUGGAUGGUUUUGUUUUGAUUCAAAGGAGAACUGAGAAAUAGCAAUUCUAAGAACCAGCCUGGUGCACAACAUUCAGUUGUGUGGGUCAAAGUGGAGAGAGAUUUAAAAAACCCUUACGGCACACAACACAGUAUUUGACUGCUCAAAAAUACCGAUCUAAAGAGUGAUCUAAAAUCCUUCAUCCCCAUCUGGCACGGCAGUGUGGCAUUUAGUGAAAUUAGCCAUGCAGUAUAACAAGUCAGUGAAGGAGGGAACGAACAUAAAACAUGAAGUGGAAGAACGCUUUUGUAAAGAAAAUGAUAUUUCUUGCUGGUGAUUUGUUAUCUCAUAAUACACUGAAAAUGUAUAAGAAUUUUCUCAAUGGUGUCUGAAUCCUCUUUGUAUAUAGGGGUUUGACAAUUUGACACUGGAGGAAUUUGCCUGUUGGGAUGUAAAUACAACUUCCAAACCAAAUAAAUGUGCUCUGAACAAUGUAA